AGAGAGAAGAGCAGCGAGGGAGAGGGAACCGACUCGUUGGUACGAGCGAGCAACGCAUUGGUGACAGAAAGACGGACGGACGGAGCGAGCGAGCGAGCGACCGACCGACCGACCGACAGACGGACGGACGCGGCUUCCCCUCCGCUUCGUUCUCGCCGCCAGUUGGUUGCGCGUUACCGAGCCAAGUGGAUGUGCCCGCGAUCGUGCUCCCGCCUGGAAAAAAUAGUCGCUCGUCGUCACGCCGCAGCGAAAGUGAAAGAGAGAAAGAGAGAGGCCUCUCUUCUCCCGCGCGCUCGCCGGUAUCGCCGUGACAGACACGGGAGCGUCCCGUCCGUCGCCGUCGCGGGUACACGCGUGAACCUGUGAGACGCCCGUGGAAGCGUCCCGCAUCUCGUGCCGCCGGGCCGUGCGUGGUCCGAGUAGAAAGGUUUUUUUUUUACAAGGUGCAUCGCCAAGUGCGCGUCGCCGGCAACGUACAUAUAUACACCUGCCGCGUCUCCUCGCAGCGGGGAAAAGACCUCUCUGAGAUUCUCCGAGAGGCCAGUUUAGCUGGACGCCACCUGGUACCCAGAGAGCGAGUGAGAUAGAGACAGGUGGCACGACACGGUAAGAAGCAAACAUGGGAGCGAGACAGAGCAAGAGGUCCGUGGACAUAACGACGACGCCGAAGAAGGAGGGGAUACCCGCCGAGGGAGGCGUCGUCGGCGACGCGGCCGCACCUGGCGACGGCAAGCUGGAGAGGAUCGAGGAGGCCGACACGAAGCCCACCACCAACGGCAUAGCACCGCACACGGACUCCGCCGACGAUAAAGAAAAGGACAAAGAUGAGACUACCGAAAAGGAUAAGGAGCCGCAGCCGCAGCAGGAAGAGGUAAAAGCCGAGGAGACGAAGCAAGAAUCGUCCGGAGACUCUCCUGCGGAGGUCGCAGAAGUCACGACGCCCACAGAGGCGACCCCUGCCAGUCCGAACGCUGCCACCUCUCCAGACAAUAAGGAAGCCAAAAAGAAGGAUAAGAAGAAAAAGUGGUCCUUCAGGUCGAUCAGCUUCAGCAAGAAGGACAAGACUAAGCCGAGCCGCGACGAAACGCCCAAGAAUGGAGACGUCACCAAGGAGGAGCCGCUCGCAGAGGGUGGCGAAGACGCGGAGAACGCGACGGCCGCCGCGAGCAGUCCGGUGGAGGAGAAAUCGGUGGCGAGCAGUCCAUCGGCGGACGAGCAGGUAGCCGCGCCGACAGCAGCAGCCCCGGCCGAGCCGAAGGAGGAGACUGUCGCAGCGUCGCCAGCAGUCGCAGCCGUCACCGUCGCCGCUGCCGCCGCUAGCCCGGUUGAGGAAAAGAAAAAGGAACCCACUCCCUCCGCCCCCACUCCUGUCCCGUCUGUCGAGGAUAAGAAAGAGGAGGCGGUCGAAAAAGUCGAGGCCGAGAAAAAAGUAGUCGAGAAGGCUCCGGAAGUCGAGGCGCCGGUAGAAAACAACGUCGCCCACGAUGUCAGCACGACGGAAAGCGUCGAUGAGGCACCCAAAGUGGCACCUCCGGCUAUCCCGACCGAGGCACCACCCGCCCCCCUGCCGACAGCACCGGCUAUCACCGAGGACGUCGCCUCGGUCACCAAGGCCAUCGAGGAGAUCGACAUAAGUGAUAAAGCAGUCGCGGCGGCAGUGAACGAAGCUAUCGAAUGCAACACGAAUGAAAUCAUCGCUGACGCGCACCACCAAAACAACAUAAACGAAUAAGCGCCACUAAUCGAAUUGUAUUUUGGAAAGAAGAAAGUUCUUUUCUCUCGUUAAAACCAAAAAAGUAUAUUAUAUAGAUAUGUAUAUUUGGACCAUUCCUGCAAACAGAAAAUAACGUUCUUUCGUUACGAGCAGCAAAAGGGGAAAACGGGGCGAUGACGACGAUGACGAUGACGACGACCACGGCAUCGCGAGAGCAUAUAGACUCUAUAGUAGGCCUAUUAAUUAUUAGACGGUGUUUUACGGCAGGGCAAAACGGGAGAGUACGUGCGUGAAAGUCCAUGAUCGUUUAUUUAAGAACUAUUUACGUUCGCGAGGUCAUUCAUUGCAUGAAUACAUUGUAUGAUUCUGAAUAAGCACACAUGACGUUCAUGCACGGUCUCUUUCACGGAUCAAACGACGCUCGCUUCCUUAUGGCGCGCGGGAAGGGCUUUGAAGAGCGCCGAAAUGCUUUUGGAUCUUCGUCCAGCCGCGGGUUACAACGUCCCUGCUGUGUAGAAAUUUUUUAAGUAUCAUUAACUGUUACUGAGAUAAAGUCUAAUGCUCGAACAUCGCGCGACGGACAAGCGAUAGGAGCGAUUAAUUAAGAUCGUCGAGGCGAUAGGGCGAGAAUCGUUCGUCGCGCAUUCCAGAGGAAAUACUCAUUGGAUGGCGCCCUCCCGUAAUUACAUAACUAUUGUACUCUAUGAGAGCGAAAAAGUGUGAACGAGAGUGAAAGUGAGACAGAAAGAAAGCGAGAGCAUGAGAGAGAAUGCGAGAGAGAAAGAGGAAGCCGAAAUAUAGAGGAAGAAAUCGAGAGGGCAGGCUGUGUGUGAUAUAGCGAUUGACGGUGUGAAAGGGGAAAGAGAAUGAAAGCGCGCGAACCGAGAGAUGGAGACGCGUCUUCGCCACGGUGAGAACAGGAGAAAGAUGGAAAUACGCGAGCGAGAUAAGGGUAAGGAGGCUUUGUUCAGCGACACGCGACGAAGUUCCGUAUGCAUAAAAGUCGCACUCACAUCGGCGACACUUCGAGGGCACCCGGCAUAUUGUUUCGCUCGCAUUUCCAUCGCGGUCCUUGGUUUUCCUUUUUCCGUUUACAUCUGUACAAUCGAGUUUUACGUUGUAACGAGGAACUGCACAUUUUUUAAACAUAUAAUUUUGAUAGGCGCGCGCGCGCGCGCGCACACAAAGGCGCUUGCGAGGCACACGAGGAGAGACGUUAUUACACCAAUACUGAGCAAAGAGGACAUUUUACAACGCGUAUACGUAUAUACGUACAUGAAACAUACGAAAUAAAGUAUAUACAGUAAGUCGAAAAAAAAACGAGAUGUAAGUGAUAUAUUAAUCUAGACUAUAGAGAGAAUGAGUUUAUGUAAAUUCGGCGUUUGUUCGAACAUUGCUACUUCUCCAUACGAGAGAGAACACUUAUGACGAAGCCUAUCGUAAUUUUUAUGAUAAUCAUUAAAAAAAAAUCGCCUAAUUACAAUUUACGAGACAUACACAAUUUACCACCCCCGGAAACGGUACCUUUGUCAGGUUUUCAUACGAUGUUUCUACGUUUCUACGUUUAUACGGAUCUCCAGAAGUAAAAGAGUAAUUACCUUACGAGAAGCUUUUUUUAUCAAGAUCGUAGCCGUAGAUCAAUAAAGCUGUAAACGAGAAGCGCAUUAUACACGUGUGACGACGCUCCGAUAUCCGGUAAUAUCGCCGAGCGUAGCGAGGAAAGGGACCGAGUUUUGUGCUCGUGUCCACGAUCGGCAUUAAUUUCUAAGUGGUUACAUACAUAUUUACGUGUAUGGGCGGGAAAGAAGUAAAGUUAAAAGUUGUAUAGUAAAAACCAUUCAUUAAAUAUAUCUGUCCGUAAAAAAAGAAAAAAAAAGAAAUGAUCUUUACAACGAAAGAGAAAUUUAACUUUUCUUCUUGAUAGGACGACGCGUUUUGGCGACGAGAGCGAACUUUUUUAUCGAAAUUCUUAUCUUCACGAGCGAAAUCACACCGAGACUGAUAAUACCCGUGCACCCGUAACAUUCUCUAGUGAUUGUUAUCACUCUGAGGCGCCGUCGAGGCAAACCUCGCUCGUUUAUUUAUUUUGCGCCGGAGACUAACAAAAUUGUGAAUGAGACCUUUGAAUCGAAACCGCCUCAGACGCGGAAGUACAGUCUCCAGUAUCUUCGAUCAGCAGUUAUAAUAGUAAUUAAACUAUUCUACAUUUAUCUAUAACCUAUAAUAAACUGUGAAACAAAGU